AUGGAGUCCUUCGUCCAGAAGCGGCCGAUCUCGUCCUUUGCGUCGCGCGACACGGCCCUGCCCUACUUGGCCAUCUAUGUGCUGAGUGGCGCGUGUCAACCGUUGCUGAUGUGCGAGGUGCAUGCUGCGGGCUUAGGCGAUGCCCGGUGCCAGCUCUACAUGGUCUUCUACUAUUUGGGCAUGUCCUUCACUGGUCUUCUGCAGCUCUGCCGCGCUGACGACGCCGGCCUCCCUGGGCUGCAACUCCAAAGCGGGUCACUGAAAAGACACAUGGAUGUAUGGACGCUGCUCCCCUGUGUUUUUGUGGCCUUCUUUGGCAUCACUGCGCAAAGCCUCAACUGGGCAGGGAAUAUGCGAGCGGGUAGUUCCAUCUUCGCGGUGGUUUAUGCAUCGGUGACCAUUUGGGCUGCCUUGCUUUCGCGGAUUCUACUACAGCGCCGGCUGAGCCGGCGUCAGUGGCUGAGCAUUGGCAGCGUCUUCGGGGGCCUGGCCUUGACGGGGUUGGAUGCCAAGAGCCUGGGUCCGGAGGUCUUCAUGGGGAGCCUCAUGAUCGCCACAGGCACCAUUUUGCACGCCACCUGCCACACACCCUUUCGGAGCUGA